AAGCGGGUUGCUUGCACUAAGGCGGUGACACAGUACUAAACUUCAACCUGGCUACCCCACUAAUAUCGCGACCAUUCGUCAAGCAUCCCUUCCAACAAACACUUCCCGUCCACUUCAAGAAACACAUUUAGGUAUUUACAUAACCGACACACCACACCACACGCGCGAUGGCGUCAUCAACCACCCUCGCCGAGCGAGGCUUCAAGGCCUUCACCGUGUCGAACUACCCAGAGGCGAUCUCGCUGUACUCGCAAGCUCUCGCGAUCAAUCCCGAAGCUCCCGACUACUACAUCAAGCGCUCGACGGCCUACCAGCGCUCAGCACAAUACGAGCUCGCGCUGUACGAUGCCGAGCUUGCCGUGAUGCUCGCGCACUGCCGCGGCAAGCGCGAGCUGAUCGGAACCGCACAGCUCCGCCGUGCGAUCGCACUGCACCUUCUGGGCCGCUACGGCGACGCCGCGUUCUGCCUCUCCGAGGCGGAGACUAGAUGUACGGCCGUCGCCGAGAAGAACAUGAUCGGUGUCUGGAGGAAGAAGCUAGAAAUGGUGCUGGAGAAACUGGAUGACGAUGAUGUUGCGCGCGAGGUCACGAUCACGGCUAUUCCGGAGGUGGACGUGCCGAAGGCGCAGGCGAAGAUUGUGGGCUUGGAUACGGAGAAGGGGAAGGGGAAGGUUCCGGCUGCUGGUGGUGGUACUGCUUCGUCUAAUGCUUGGACUGCGUCCACGUCGCCGACUACCGCUUCGUCUACUCCUGCUGCCGUCGCUGCCCCGCCGCCUCCGCCGCCGUCUCUAGGCUCUUCUACGCCGUCCGACAAGAUCCGUCACGAGUGGUAUCAGACGCCUACGCAUGUCGUCCUGACGGUGUACGCCAAGGGCGUUCCGAAAGACAAGGCUACCAUCGAGAUCCACGACAAGACGGUCUCGAUUUCCUUCCCACUUUCUUCCGGUAGCGACUUCACUUUCGACGUCGAUCCGCUAUGGGACUUCAUCCAGGCCGAUCAAUCCCACUUCAACAUCUACUCCACUAAAAUCGAAGUUAACCUCCGCAAAGAAAACCCCAACAAGAAAUGGGCCGACCUCGAAGGCGAGGCUGAAGCGCCGGUUGAAACGGCAGCGGAAGCUAGCAAGGAGGAUAAGCCCGUGUAUCCAUCCUCGUCCAAGGCUGGACCAAAGGAUUGGGACAAACUUGCGCGGGAUCUCUCGGCUAAGUCGAAAGACAAGAAGGGGAAGGGGAAGGGCAAAGACGGCGAGGAAGACGCGGAGGAUGAGGCGGAUAUGGUGUACGAUAGCGAUGAUGGCGGCGAUCCGGUCAAUAUGUUCUUCAAGAAGCUGUACAAGGACGCGGAUGAGGACACAAGGAGGGCCAUGAUGAAGAGCUAUAUCGAGAGCAAUGGCACGGCGCUGAGCACUAACUGGUCCGAGGUUGGAAAGGCUCAGGUCGAGACUAGUCCUCCAGAUGGAAUGGAGGCCAAGAAGUGGGGCGAGUAGUGAGGGUGCCGGAUUGAACAGAAUUUAAUGCGCAUCCGUCUGAUGUUCAUGGAGGUUUUACGAUACUUACGCUGUACACAUUGCCUGUAUGUUUAGUUGCUACGGUGAAUUGAAUCGGAUUGAUUACUUGUUUGCUUGCUG